AUGUCCUUCGCGAUGCUGCGCCCGGCGCCGCCCGGCCGCUACCUGUGCCCCGAGGUGAGCCCGCUGUCGGAGGACGAGGACCGCGGCAGCGAGAGCUCCGGCUCCGACGAGAAGCCCUGCCGCGUGCACGCGGCGCGCUGCGGCCUCCAGGGCGCGCGGCGGCGGGCCGGGGGCCGGCGGGCGGGGGGCGGCGGCGGGGCCGGGGGGCGGCCCGGCCGCGAGCCCCGGCAGCGGCACACGGCGAACGCGCGCGAGCGGGACCGCACCAACAGCGUGAACACGGCCUUCACGGCGCUGCGCACGCUCAUCCCCACCGAGCCGGCCGACCGCAAGCUCUCCAAGAUCGAGACGCUGCGCCUGGCCUCCAGCUACAUCUCGCACCUGGGCAACGUGCUGCUGCUGGGCGAGGCCUGCGGCGACGGGCAGCCCUGCCACGCGGGGCCCGCCUUCUUCCACGCGGCGCGCGCCGGCAGCCCCCCGCCCGCGCCCCCCGCGCGCGCCGGCGAGAACGCCCAGCCCAAGCAGAUCUGCACCUUCUGCCUCAGCAACCAGAGGAAGCUGAGCAAGGACCGGGACAGAAAGACGGCCAUUCGCAGCUAG